AUGUCCGGAGCUUUCAGGCUGGAGCCUCAGGACGGCGCCCCUUGGGUGGCCCUGGCGCCCGGGGAGACGGUCAGCGGUCGCGGGCCGCUGCUGGGAGGUGUCCGGGGAACCAGAGGUCGAAUCCUGCUUGUUGUAAACAGUCAGAUACUUGAGAAAGAUAAUAUAUUGAAUGAAUCCUCAAAAACCUCUUUAAUUAAUUUGCCUGAUGAGAAACCUUGUGCUGCACAGAUGGAAACUGUAGAAAUAGCCAGUACUCCAGCUAUCGCCAUAAAGAAUGUGUCUGUUCUAGAAGAGUGUAGAGUUUCUGGUAAGGAGCAGCGAAACCCUGCCCAUGAAAAAAGAAUUCUUCCAGCUUGGAUGUUAGUAGAAAAUGUGAAUAAUGAAGACCUUUCAGCAGCAAUCAUCCCAGGAGACAACCGCUGCUUGAUCUGUGAAAUGUCACAAUCAUCUUUAGUUAUAACAUUAAAUAGCAACAAGGAGAAUAAAUUUAAUACUAAGACACGGAGAAUGGAAAUCCCUAUACAAGAACAUCAGAUAGUUUCUGAACAGAGGCUCAACACUCAAAAAACAUCAAAUAAAGAAGACAAGGUCAUGAGCUCUGCUGAGAGUUGUGAAAGGAUCCAGGGUACUUCAUCCCACAAGGAGUUCCAAGCAUGUUGUCCUGAGGCUGGCUCUAAUCCCCCUGAUCCUGAAACUUUACAUACAGAGGUGACAGUGUCCAUUUCACAAGAAGACAAGGCUAAAAGAACUUCCUGCAUGUAUGGAGCAAACUGCUACAGGAAAAAUCCUGUCCAUUUCGAACACUUCAGCCACCCUGGUGAUAGUGAUUAUGGAGGUGUAAACGUCACAUGUCAGGAUGAAGUUGAUGACCGCCCUGAGUGUCCCUAUGGAGCGUCUUGUUAUAGGAAGAAUCCACAACACAAGGUGGAUUAUAAACAUAGUACACAUCCAGUGAGAAGCAAUUUAGAUGAAGAUGAUGACAAUGGGAACCCCAAAGAGUGUGACCAGAAUGACAGCUUUUUAGAUGAUGAGGAUGAAAAAUAUGAGCCAACAGAUGAAGAUUCUGACUGGGAGCCAGGAAAGGAAGAAGAGAAGGAAUAUGUUGAAGAGCUAUUGAAAGAAGGAAAAAAGUUUAUGAGAAGAAAAAAGUAA